ACUCGCACUUGGCCGCCCCUCCUCCCUCUCCAGCGCCACCGCCUCCCUCGCCAUGGAUGCUCCAGCCCAUUAGCACGCUGCUCGUCUCCAUUCCCCAGGACAGGAGCCUCAUCCGCUGCUGGAACCAAAUGGGUCUGGUUCUGUGGCAUUGGUAUUUGCUCUUGCUCACUUUGGUUUCAUCGUCGUGGAGUUUAAAUUCAGACGGUCUAGCUCUUCUUGCUCUGUCCAAAAAUCUCAUAUUGCCGAGUUCCAUAAGCUCCAGCUGGAAUGCUUCCGAUAGAACUCCAUGUGAAUGGCAUGGAGUUCUAUGUGAUAGAAAUACUAAUGUGUUUUCUCUUGACCUAUCAUCUUCUGGAGUUUCUGGUUCACUGGGACCUCAAGUAGGACUAUUAAAGUACCUAGUAGUCCUCACUUUGCUAAAUAACAGCAUAUCAGGUGCAAUCCCUCCAGAAUUGGGCAAUUGUAGCAUGCUUGAUAAAUUGGAUCUUUCCGAGAACUCCCUUUCUGGUGAAAUACCAGAAUCCCUUGGCAACCUAAAGAAACUUUCAGUGCUCGCAUUGUACAGUAACUCACUCGAUGGGGAAAUCCCUCCUGAAUUGGGCAAUUGUAGCAUGCUUGAUCGAUUGGAUCUUUCCGAGAACUCUCUUUCUGGCGAAAUACCAGAAUCCCUUGGCAACCUAAAGAAACUCUCAUCGCUCGCCUUGUACACUAACUCCCUCCAUGGGGAAAUACCUGAAGGGUUGUUCAAGAACCAGUUUCUGCAGUACGUGUACCUCCAUCAGAAUAAUCUCAGUGGUCAUAUCCCUUGGUCACUUGGUGAAAUGGCAAGUCUUAAAAGCUUAUGGUUGCAUGAAAAUGGAUUAUCUGGAGUUCUGCCAGAUUCAAUUGGAAACUGCACCAAGUUGGAGGAGCUCUAUCUACUAUAUAAUCAGUUGAGCGGGAGUCUUCCAAAAACCUUGAGCCUUGUCAGUGGACUGAAGGUUCUAGAUGUCACUGGAAAUGGCUUAACUGGAGAGAUUGAUUUUCAUUUUGAGAACUGUAAGUUGGAGAAAUUCAUAUUGUCGUUUAAUAAUCAGCUAAGGGGCGAAAUUCCAGCAUGGCUAGGGAAUUGUAGUAGCUUGACUGAACUUGCAGUUGUCAACAAUAGUUUCUCUGGCCACAUUCCAGCUUCUCUCGGCUUACUGAGCAACCUCACCUAUCUUUUGCUUUCUCAGAACUCCUUGUCUGGCCCGAUUCCUCCUGAGAUUGGUAACUGUCGGUUGCUGCUGUGGCUAGAGUUGGAUGCAAACAUGCUGGAGGGUAGUGUUCCUAAAGAGCUGGCUAAUCUGAGAAAAUUGCAGAAGCUCUUUCUGUUCGAUAAUCGCCUCACUGGGGAGUUCCCUGAGGAUAUUUGGAGCAUCCGGUGGCUUCAAAGUGUCCUUAUUUACAGAAAUGGAUUUACUGGGAUGCUACCUCCAGUGUUAGCUGAGCUAAAGCUCCUGCAGAACAUUACACUGUUCGGUAAUUUCUUCUCCGGAGUCAUACCAGCGGGUUUGGGUGUGAAUAGCCGUUUACUCCAAAUUGAUUUCACCAAUAACAGUUUCACCGGUGGAAUACCACCAUACAUUUGUUCAGGUAAAAGACUGAGAGUGUUGGACUUGGGGUUUAAUCUUCUCAAUGGUAGCAUCCCAUCUGGCGUUACAGACUGCCCAGGUUUGGAACGAGUUAUUCUCGAAAACAAUCAUCUUACUGGGGCCAUUCCAACUUUUAAAAACUGCAUGAGCCUGGACUAUAUGGAUCUGAGUCGUAAUUCCUUAAGUGGAGGCAUUCCAGAAACCUUGAACAAAUGCAGAAAUAUUACAAUGAUAAACUGGUCAGAAAACAAGCUUGUUGGUCCAAUACCACCUGAAAUUGGAAACUUGGUGAAUUUGGGAGUACUUGAUCUCUCACAAAACAGUCUACAGGGUACACUUCCAAUGCAGAUUUCUGGUUGCUCCAAGCUGUAUCGUCUGGAUUUGAGUUUCAACUCUCUGAAUGGUCCGGCACUCACAACAGUAAGCAACCUGAAGUUACUAUCACAACUACGGUUGCAGGAGAAUAAAUUCAGUGGAGGCUUACCUGAUUCUCUUUCGGAUUUGGGUAUGCUUAUUGAACUGCAACUUGGUGGUAACUCACUUGGAGGUAGUAUACCGUCAUCGUUAGGAAAGUUGAUCAAAUUGAGCAUUGCGUUGAAUCUCAGUGGGAAUGGACUGGUGGGUGAUAUUCCAACUCUAUUGGGAAAUUUAUUGGAUCUGCAAAGUUUGGAUUUGUCAGCUAAUAACCUCACUGGAGGUCUAGCCUCGUUAGAAAGCCUUAAGUUAUUGCAGGCCUUGAACGUUUCCUAUAAUAGAUUCAGUGGACCAGUGCCAGAAUAUCUUCUUAAGUUUCUGGAUUCCGCAGGAAGUUCCUUCAAUGGAAAUUCUGGUCUAUGUAUCUCUUGCAAUGGCAGUGAUUCUUCUUGCAAGAGAUCUAAUGUUUUGAAAUCUUGUGGGGGAUCAAAGAAAAGCAGAGUACACGGCCGAUUCAAGGUUGCUCUUAUUGUUCUUGGUUCAUUGUUCAUUGGAGCAGUAGCGGUACUUAUAAUCUGUUGUAUCCUUCUUAAGACUCGAGAUUCAAAGACAAAAGGUGGUGGGGAAGCAAUCAGUAAUUUACUUGAAGGCUCUUCUUCUAAGUUCCGUGAGGUCAUAAGAGUGACAGAAAACUUUGAUGACAAGUACAUCGUAGGUGCAGGUGCCCAUGGAACUGUGUACAAGGCAACAAUGGAUGCAGGGGAAGUAUAUGCUAUAAAGAAGCUUGUAGUUUCCGCAAGCAGCAGUUCUUACAAAAGCAUGAUCAGAGAACUGAAGACACUGGGUAAAAUUCGGCAUAGGAACUUGAUAAAGCUGAAGGAAUUUUGGCUGAGAGGAGAGUGUGGUUUCAUACUCUAUGAUUUUAUGGAACAUGGUAGCCUUUAUGAUGUUCUGCAUCGGACUCGUACGCCGAGUUUGGACUGGAGUACGCGCUAUAACAUAGCUCUUGGAACUGCCCAUGGUCUAGCAUAUCUUCACCAUGACUCUGUCCCCGUAAUCAUUCAUCGAGAUAUUAAGCCGAGCAAUAUAUUGCUGAACAAGGAUAUGGUGCCACGCAUCUCAGAUUUUGGCAUUUCAAAGAUCAUGGAUCAGUCCUCUGCUGCUUCAGAGACCACUGGGAUUGUCGGCACCACUGGAUAUAUGGCACCAGAGCUGGCAUUUUCCACCAGAAACAGUACCCAGACCGACGUGUACAGCUACGGCGUUGUGGUACUGGAGCUGAUAACAAGAAAGAUGGCGGUGGAUAGCUCGUUCCCUGACAACAUGGACAUUGUGAGCUGGGUACCCCACGCCCUGAACGGCACCAACCAAAUCGGGGUCGUGUGCGACCCAGCCCUCAUGGACGAAGUCUUCAGCACAGUCGAGUUGGAGGAAGUGCAGAAGGUCCUGUCGUUGGCUCUCAGAUGCACGGCGAAGGAGGCGAGCCGACGGCCGACCAUGGUCGAUGUAGUGAAGGAGCUGACUGACGUGAGGUCUGCCAGUGUCCCUUCGUCGAAGCAGGUGAAACCAGGCCCCAGCGGCUCGUCCGGACUGUCCAGCAGCGUUAGCGAAAGUGCGUAAUAGUGUGUGAUAUGUAGAAUGUACAGUCGAUUGGAUUAGUGUAGUUAGCAGUAGGCCAGUAGUCAUAGUUGAUUGCGAGGCGGAUCAGUCUGUAGUGGUCACUUCUAACUAAAUGAUUUGUGUGUAGCUGCGCAUGCCUGGGAAUCAUUUAGCUGCUGCAUGGAGCAAGCUGAUUUGUUU